AUGCCAUUCCAUUUUGUUCGAAACGCUACCGACGACUACAGCGCCACAGAGGUCCCCAAUGACCCAAGCUUUGCCCAAGUCGCAGGAGCCGAUUUUCUUGUCUUUGACAGAGAACGAGGUCUAAAGCUUCUCGGUCCCAGCCCCAGCAACAAGUACAUGUUCACUGUACCCGGGGCUCACGAGGCCCCUGUUUACCUGGCGAGCCAUGACGUCCUGCUAUUCUCACAACUUGGCCCUCCUGAUCCGGACUACUUGCCUCAGAUCAUGGUCAAUCUAAGCCAGACCCCGCCCACUUGGUCGGAAUUCCUGUCCGAUCCACCCGUGUAUGCAGUCAACGGCGGUGCGGUACACAAUGGCUUGCUUCACUGGGUCACCGGUGGUGGGCAUUCCAUCAAUGGCACCGAAUACAGGCCUGGGAUAUUUGCCGUCAACUUUACGACCGGGAAAUCGCAGCCUUUGCUGAACAACUAUUUCGGGCAGUACUUCAGCGGUCUAAACGACGUCGCCAUAGAUCCAAAGGGAGAUAUCUGGUUCACGGAUACCUAUUACGGGUGGUUUAAUGGAAUCAACGACCAAGCACCCCAGUUCCAAACCGCCGUCUGGCGAUUCCGGCCCUCAACCGGCGCCGUCAACAUGGUGGACGAUACGGUCGACCAGCCCAACGGAAUCGCCUUCUCACCUGACUUCAAAACGCUCUACAUCGCGGAUAGCGGGGCUGCGGGCGGUACAUAUCAGCAAUACAUCGGGCCGCAAGGUCCCGUCUACAACAUGACUGGCAAACACAAUGUCUAUGCGUACGACGUUGCUUGCAGCGGCAACUCGCUCAGAAAUAAACGCGUUGUCUACCAGACGCCAACCUUCUUCCCCGACGGUAUCAAGAUAGCAAGGAAUGGCUACAUUGUCACUGCUGCGGGCACUGGUUUGGACAUCCUGGACCAAGAUGGCACGCUGCUGGUUAGGGCGCAGGCAAACUAUACAGUAUUGAAUUUUGCGUGGACUGGUCAGAAUUUCGACACGAUAUGGAUGCUUGGUGUUGAAGGGGUUAGCGAGCUUAGGUUGAACCUUCCGGGUCCGGAAGUACGCUAA